AUACAUAGUGUUCUCCCCAUACUACUAAAUGAAACAUCACAAUACCUUUUUUUUAAAAUAUUCCUCAAGAGCCCAGCGGAUACGCGGAUACGCUAAUUAUCUCAUAAACAUAAUCAAUAUCCUAACAUUUGUAACUUUUGAAAAAUAAUAUCUCCUGAUUCUACUAUCGUCUCAAUAUCGCCCUUACUUUCCCCUAUAUAUUUUUCGAAACUCUUUCCAAUGCCUCUCUCUCUUACUUCAACUUUUCCAACAUCAUAGCCACUUCAAUACUCCAACACCCACCCCAAAUAUAACCUGAUCGUGCUAUCCACGGGUACUGUGCUCGGACAGAUAGAUGAACCAGCCCAUACAGCCACUGGCUUUAACCUCCCCCCCCCCACUUCUCACUCUUUCUCAUUUCUUAGUUUCACCUUUUGUCCCCAUCCACGGCCACUGGUUGCUCACAGGAAGAUCGAUAAGCUGAUGCAGACCUUUGGCUUCCCCGUAGGUCCUGUGACGCUGUUUGAUGAGGUGGGCAUUGAUGUGGGAUGUCACGUGGCCGCAGACUUGGGCCAACGCCUACCACGACUGUCACAGGGAGACGUUGCUACAGAUGGAGAAAGGCUGGGUGGGACGGAAGUCUCAGGCCGGGCUAUACACAUACUCGGGUAAGAAGAAGAGCAUUAAUGAAGAUGCCAUUGCCUUGUUUAAGAGACAUGGAGCGGCUAUUCAAAGGACAACGGAGGACGCUGAUCUACCCUUGCGUAUGGCGUGUCGCAUGGCUAAUGAAGCAGUGAUGUGUCUGCAGGAGGGUGUAUUGGCCAAGGCCUCUGAUGGAGAUGUGGGGGCUGUGUUUGGCCUGGGCUUCCCACCGGCAAAGGGUGGUCCGUUCCGAUGGCUUGACACCUACGGGGCACAAAAUGUGGUGGACCAUUUGGAUCGCUUCAGAGAAACUUUUGGAGAGCAGUUCACCGUUUGUGAUUUGCUGCGAGAAAAUGCCAAAAGCGAAAAGAAAUUCUACUAGCUGAGGUGGCGAGUCUAAACUUAAUAAAGCAGAUUCUAAAUCGACAGUAGAUUUGUUCAAUAGACAUUCUUAAUAAAAU